ACAUUCUUGACUUCUACUCUACCCCCAGUUGAAAGACAUUCUCCACGAGUUUACCCAAGACACGAAACUAAACGUCGCCGCACGUAUCCACGCUUUCGCCUCUAAACAAACAACACAAAUCUUUUAAAAGGAUUUCCAACCCGUUUAUUUCGACUCGCCUCAAUCACACGUUACCAGUCAACCUCCAUCCGUCGAUCAACAACCUCGGCCCUAUUCCAACCAUCACCACUUUAGUCGAUACCCAGGAAACAUCAUCAGCAAUGGCGCCAAUGAAUAAUCAGAAUUUGAAUUACAGUAGUAAUUACGGCGAGGCCGCUGCCCAGAAGGUCAAUGUCCUUGCCUCUUGCUACCUCGUCGACUCUGCCGCCAACCUCAAGGGCCUCCACUACUGCACUACCGGGGUUGCAGGGGCCGAGUGGUAUUCCUGAGGUCCCUUCCUCAGGAUUACCCUCCCCACCAACAAGUCCCCCCCUCGCCGCAUUAACCUCGUCUAACGAGCUCGCUCUCUUGCCCAAGAACAAGAAGCGAGAAAUCCCAGGCCGGCGCCUGGGCCGACGAGGGGGGGCAGCACUUUCGAUCAGGGAAGAAUGUGAGAGAUUCUUUUGUGAGUCCAUGAAGACGACGUUCCGCGGUGAGAGGAAUUCGUCGAUGAAUGGCUCCGGCCUGUCUGGUGCUUUUUUACCAACGCCGCCGUCCGAUGACCGGCUUCCCGAACAUUUCAAGCCUGUUUCCGAUGAAAAGCUACCUGCCUACGACGUUACUGCUUGGCUGGAGAUGUGGGACUAUGCCGGCGGUGCGAGCUUCCGUGCCUUUGUUGCUGAUGAUGGAGAGGAGAAAUCUCUCUUUGUCUUUUUCGACAUUGAAGGCGUUCUCGGCCGAGACCUGAAAAAGGCUCUUAUGGCCCUUAUUGAAUUGGCUGACGGUCCUUUGGACUGUGCCCACAUUGUCACUUGCAUUGACAGACGUAUCCCCGCAGAUGACGUUUACUCUCUGUCAAAGAGCCUGCAGUGGGUUGGCUUCGACAUGGCUACCCUGGAUCACUGGGCCCGUGAUCUUGAUGUUACGAGCAAGAAGUGGAUGUUGAUGGGUAUGGAACUGUAGGCAACAUGUUGCUUCCUUCUUUAUGGAGUUUGGGAGUGGUUGUGUCUUUUCUCUCAUGUUAUUUCAUCUUCGUUGGUGUUUUCCAAAAUUUAGUCUGGAGGCUCGCUCGGUGAUUUGCUCUGCUGUCCUCGAAGGGAGUCUGGUAGCUGGCGUUGAGCCGCAAGUUCAACACCCAGCUUUUGGCGCAUCUUCCCCGUUGAAGGAUUUUUAAGGUGUUGGAGUGCAUUGGUGUCCCUGUGUUAUACCGAAGCUUUUAUGGUUAUGACUCUUUAUCCAGUGCAUGCCUUCUAGUUGAAAUUAUACCAAAGCGAUAUUUACCGAAUUCAAGAAGUUGUCUAUCAUUUUAUUCUUUGUUCUAUUUCAAAUUGGCCUAAAAGCCCUCUUCGAACUGUCUCACCUUGAGACCCUUUUCUUGUAGGUAAUCCUUCACUUGCUUGACUGUGUACUCGCCGCGGUGGAACAUUCCAGCACCCAAAGCGGCAUCUGUCGGGGUCUUUUGGAAUACAUCUUCAAAGUGAGACGGGUUGCCAGCACCACUUGAGGCAAUGACGGGGAUCUUGACAGCUCCCUUGACUUGGUUGAUGAGCUCAAAGUCGAACCCACUGUUAGUACCGUCUUUGUCAAUGCAGUUGAGGAGAAUCUCUCCGGUUCCCAUCGCCUCGACAGCCUGUGUAAGCUCGACUACAUCCAUAUCCCGAGUUUCACGACCGCCCUUGAUCGUGCAGGCGUACCAACAGUACUCCUCACCCUUGGGACCGGGGAACUGUGUCUUGACGAUGUUGUGUCGGGUAGCAUCUGGCUUGGGAACGUAGACGCGCUUGGGGUCAACGCUCACAACGACGGCCUGGUUGCCAUAGGCCCGUGAAAUCUGUUCGAUGGCAGUGUUACCAAAUAGCUUACGACCGAGAGAGUAGUACUCUUCGGCAGCAAGAACAGCAUCAGACCCGAUCGAGACCUUGUCAGCACCAGACUUGAAGUACAUGGUGGCAAUCUCGAGCGCUGAAACCUUUGUGCCAUCAGUGUCUACGGUAUCACGGAUACCACCACCAAUGGUUAGGGGCACAAAAACAGUGCGAGACGUUUGACGAACGAUCUCAAGCAUGGGGAGAUCGGCGACUGGGCAGUCCCGGAAAGAAGUGAUGUUAAGGAACGUGACCUCGUCCGCCCCAGAUUCGUAGUAUCGCUUAGCCAUCUCAACAGGCUUGCCCAGGUUACGCACGUUGCGAUCGUCACCCUUCUCGCGGACAUCGUACUGGUCACCCUUGGUAACAACC